AGCAGCCCCAGCCUAAGCCCCAGCAUGGACAAUGAGAUCACAGCCAAGGAGAGAGGACUACUGGAGAACAACGAAAAGGAGACAAUGGACAGAGAUCAGGAGGAGGAGGUAGAGAAGCUCUUAUAUUUGUUGGUGCUAUCUUUUGUAGUCUUUAUUCGUCUGGCAUGUUUAUGGAACUUUCUAUGGGUCCUGACUUUGUAUUCAGUUUUUUUUUUUUUAAUCUGCUGCUGUUUGACAUUACAUUUUCAAACACAUCGUUUCCAUGUGCUUGAUACCAUUCCAUUCACUCCAUUCUAGCCAUUAUUAUGAGCCGUCCUUCCCUCACCAGCCUCCUGUGCUAUCUCUAUAUCUAUCAAUCUUUAUCUAGGAGGAGGAGAAGGGGAGGAGGGAGCAGCAGGAGCCCCUGUCUGAGGAGCAGGAGCUGGAGGAGUUGAGGAGCCAGGUGCUGCAGCUCCUUCUGGAGUUAGAGGAGGCCAGGGAGAUGUCCAACAAACACCAGGAGGCCUUCCACGAGCUACAGGGUAAGAGAGUAGUUGCGAAAUGGCAAGCAAAUUAGCUGUUAGCUGUGGUUCAUUAGCAGUGCCAUACUAUAGGGCAGGCUUCUCCAACCCUGUUCCUGGAGAGCUACCCUCCUGUAGGUUUUCGCUCCAACCCCAGUUGUAACUAACCUGGUGCAGCUGAUCAACCAGCUAAUUAUUAGAAUCAGGUGUGCUCGAUUAGGGUUGGAGUGAAAACCUACAGGAUGGUAGCUCUCCAGGAACAGGGUUGGAGAGCCCUGCUAUACGGUGUCCAAUCAAAAACACAUAUUUUGACCAAUGGGUAAAUGUUUUUCCUCUAAGAAAACCAAUGGUCCAAACCUCAUGUUUCUAUCAUAAUCCAUUCAAAAGUUAUUGGAGUUUUUACCCUUGUAGGAUGGCCAAAAUUAAGUCAAUAGAGGCCAGAUGCUCUGCGAGUUUUACUCUCCAGCUGAACUCUUCAUCUUUCUUCUCGCAGGAGAAAAAAAAAAAAACAUUAUAGAGGUACGAUAGAUGACAUGUAGUAUUUUCAUAUUUUAGUAUAUGCUUUUCAUAUUAAUGCGAAAUUCAUGUUCUAAUUUAGAAGAUUUCUCACAAAAACAAGUGCAUCUCUGUAAAAUGUAAACGGAGCACUGAGCGUACUGCAAGCUUUUUAUUUUCAAAGCCUUUUACAUUUAAUUCAGCUCAUGUCAUGCUAUUAAAAAAUGUGCGACCCACGGAACCAACUUUGAAGAUGACCACCACGACAUGUAAAAUCCACAAAAGUUCCUGUGAGAAACCUGCACCGUGCUGUCGACAGAGCUUAUUAUCGGAUGUAUUAGGUUACGAAAUCGGACUUUUUGUAUGUACUGUUAGAAAAAGACCCCACUGAACGAUUCAGAACAUAAACAAUCAUAUUGGUCUUGGUAAAAUGUAUUUUAUAACAUAAGGAAGUGAAAUGUCAUCACCAAAGUGGUUUUUCACCCACUCUGGGCAAAGUAGGUGGACACCCUACAUACUGCAGUCAUAUUACCUUCCCUGAGAUUACAGGUGACAGACUAGUCUCUUGGUCUGUCCUCAGUUCUUUAGAAAUUCUGUUUACAACUUUGUAAAUGUUUAUCUCAAACAGGAUCAGUUCCUCAUAGUCACGCUGAAUAGAGAGCUGCAUCAUGUCUUAGUAAUGAUGAGCUAGAUGUUAUGUCUCAUACACACUGACUAAGGCCUCAGUGCUGAGGACAUAGUGAGCCAACUCAGCUCAGUGAGAACAGCUCAUGCUGAGGACUUUUAGAGUGGUGAGCUCAGUAUCAGUUGUUUGUCUGGCAUGCAGCAGGCAUUUCACAGACAGACAGCUGCAUGCUCACAGCAUGCUCAGACACACAGACACAUACACUGACAUACACACACACACACAUUCAGCACGCUCAGGGACAGGCUCCAUGGAAGCGUCCAGGUUGGGUUGGACCGCACUAUGAUGUCAUCACUCCUCAUACGCUGGGGACGGAACGGGAUGUCUGGGACACUCCCACUGGGCACGAGCCCUCGGGCAUGCUCAGCUGUUCUUCAGGCCCACUGCUGACUCACAUGCACACACGCACACACACCGCCACAUCCCACCCACUACAGCUGUCUCCCGUCAGGGAGGCGCCUCUAGGUAUCCAUGGUGAAUAUUCAACCAAGGCUGAGGUGUGGAGAAGAAAGGUGCUAACUUAGGUCCUCACAUAGAAUGUCACAGUAGAGUGAUUUAGAGGUCUUCACGGAUCCACCUCUAUCCAAAUAUACCCGAGACCCCAUCCGGGACCCGAGCAGGUCUGGAUCCAGAAUUCUAAUGCCACGGGUCUAGAGGCGGUGAGAAGAGUGGAAGGAACGAGUGGCGGGGACGAAACAAUGGUAGUAGAGCCAUCACGGCCAGUCAAGGUUUCUCAUCAACCGAGGGAUUGUGAAAUGUUACAUGUUAAAAGGUGGACUUUGGAUUAUUUCUUGUAAUGGUCAUAAACUGUACAGCACAAGCGGAGAAGAAGUUGGAGAAAAUUGGAAUCAUUGUGAAUGCAGCUGAACGUUUCUUGGGUCUUCGUGAUUUCACAGCCGAGGCCUUGCAAGAAAUCAUGUCGGUGAAUGUUCCGCCUUCCAAGGCCCCUUAGCCUGUGUAGGGAUGUAUUUUGGAAUGGACUGUGAUUGAAUAAGUGGAAUGUUUUUUUUCUAGUUCAAUACCCCGUCCAGCUGGUGGCGGUAAUGCACCAUUAAUAUUGGAUGCCAACCACCAUUAAUAUUGGAUGCCAACCACCAUUAAUAUUGGAUGCCAACCACCAUUAAUACUGAAUGCCAACCACCCUUAAUACUGGAUGCCAACCCCCAUUAAUACUGGAUGCCAACCACCAUUAAUACUGGAUGCCAACCACCAUCAAUACUGGAUGCCAACCAGCAUUAAACCCCAUCGAAGAAGAAGAUGAAGAGGAACAGAUUUAGCUAGCUAGUUUCCAGACUGAAAUAAGAGAAAUAUCUGGAUAAAUCUUUGGACAAAUCUUUUUGCCAGAGCUGGCGCUACAGACGGAUAUAUUUGGUUGAGUAAUACAGGACUAUUAAAGGCCCAGUGCACUACUUUUGUAAAAAAAUAUAUAUAUUUCAAAAAACUACUUUUUUUUAUUUGAUUUUUUGAUUUUUCAGGGGGUGCUGCAGCACCCUCAGGACCCCUACUUCCCGCGGCUAUGUGUAGAACUAUCAUCAACACAUGCUUCUAUAUUCCCCCUUCUCGCUAGGAGCAUUUAUGUGCCCAGGCCCCAUAGGUAUGUCGAAGGGUCCACCCAGGUCACCAAUUUAGCUGACCAAUGUAGAGAGAGACAAGUGCCUUAGCAGAAUGCAAUAUAAAGCUAGUGUGGUCCAGAGGAGAACUCUACCAUUUAUGGCAAAAGCCUGGGCUCCGGGCGGGGACAAUAGAAUUCUCCACACUGCAUAUUACAAUAGUAAAAUAAUGCUUACACUCUACAUUGAAUUUAGUCUUUGAGAUGCUCAAACAAGCACGUAUAUCUGUAGUUGGUGUUCUUCAACUCUAAAAUGCACUAGACUGUGUAGGACAAAACCAACAAAGACAGGCAAAUGCAUAUGUGGUCCCAAUGUCUAAAUAGUGACUGCAGGGCUAGUUUAAACUGCAGUAGGAUGGUGAGUGAAUCACAGGUGAGUGAAUCAGUCCAUGCUUGGUGAAUAGCACUUGGUUGAUCUCUGGGAGCAGGACACAGGAGAGCUAAAUAGAUCAUGUGAGACAAAAGUGAGAGACAAGAAUGUAUAAAAUAAAUCAUCACAGCAAAGGAAUGUAGUUUGUGAGCUAGAAAAUGAACACCUGACAGUCUGAGGCAGGGUGCCAUGCAAUCAUCCUACUCCAACUAUAGACAGGGAUAAUGUGGCAUUCAUUAUUUGUCAGUAUGAAUGAAAUUAGUGCGUCCUUCCUUGAUCACUGUACUAGAUUUGCACUACUUGUCCUAUAGAUUUUUGUAGUCUUAAAUUAUUACUUGGAAUAAACUGAUAGCUAAAACACUCCUUGUCCCGGAAUGACAUACUAGCUAGUGAUGAAGCUAUCUGCUCCUGGUAGCUAGCAACAGAUCUACUAGCAAGCUAACUAACAAGCUAGCUCCAUUACUAAGGUUCCUGUGUUCUAAGUUGGGAGUCAUUUUACAGCUUGCAUUGAUGGUAUCGCGUUUCUAUAACUAAAUAGUUAGAUUAAAUAGUUAAAAAUAUUACCUGAUGAUAGCAAUUUGUCGGACGGAGAUCUCUCUUGUUAUCAUCAGCUGUCUACUACCUUAGAUACGAAUAACGUGAUCAGCAGAGAUACAGUACUACAAUGGAUAGCACACAUGUUUUGAUUGGUUUACAGUUUAGUGCUCGGCGGCAUUUGCCUGUCCAGCUAGCGGACAUAAAAGUAAGUAUUUAGAAAAACUUGGCAACAAUUGACAUCGCCAACUAACGGAAAUGUGUUCAGAAUAAAUAAAUAUACACAAUAUAUAAAAACCAGCUCCUCCCUCGACAGAGAUCGAUCAUCUCGAAAACUAGAGCAGCUAGCUUGCUACGGCCCACCACCUAUUGUUAUUGUUGGCCAAUCAAAAUUCAUCAAAGCGGCAAUAGGCUACAGUAAUAGAGACUGCAUGUGGGGCAAAAGUUAGGAGAUAUCUAAUCAAUGGAAGAUGGAAUUAAAAUGAUGGAAUUAAAAGUGAAAGGAGAUACUAGGCUACAACGACCAAGAGCCAACAUGUAGGCUGCUACUUAAUAUUCUGAAUGGAGUUGUUGUUGUUUGUAACUGUAGAAUGAGAAAGCGCAUGCACUGCAGCCUCAAUUAGCCUAGCUAGCUAACGUUAGCUAGCUUAACUAUCUUCUCCCGGUUUGAUGCAGUCAAGACCAGUACUACAUAAUCAUAUUUGAUGAUAAAUAACCUAGCUAUGGCAGCUAUUAGUCUACUAUAGCGUGAGUCGGCUUGGUUGGUUGCUGUCUCUCAUAUCUCCCUCCCUGCUCCCUGCUCCCUGUGUCACAGUACAGCCCCUCCCCUGCCUGCUAGAGCGCCACCUCUCUCUCCCGCCUCUCGCGCUUUCUUCUUCUUCUUGGGUGGGGUUUAUUGGUGGCUGGCAUCCAACGUUAUGGUACAUUACUGCCACCUACUGUACUGGAGUGUAGGCCAGAGACAAGGAGAAACUAAAUCUUACCUGCAGCCCCGUUUCUCUUACAAAAAGAUAACAACGUAUUUGAGACUGUAUGUAAUGACAUUGUACUCAAUAUACUCAAACAAAUGUCCUGUAUCCCUUUCUCCCUCAUACUAGAUCUCAGCCUCUCUCUUUCCGUCUCAUACUGCCCACACUGUAUCAAUACAUGCUCCACUGUCUCUGUUUCCUGGCAAUAAUCACACUUUCCUUUUGGAUGCUUUCCUAUCACAUUUAAAGUCUUAUUCAACCGGCUGUGUCCCAUCCUUAAUCUUGUAACAAUAGCCUCCUCUCUACUCCUCUCGCGCUUUAUGAGCUCAGGUUAAUAAUGUAGCUUAAUGAUAUGCUACUUCCCUCACUCGGAUCAGACUGGGUCUGGACCUGACCAGGUUUAUACGGAACGGGUCUAGUUGUCCUCAAGUCUGUUCGGAACGUGUCUCUAUAUUAAUUAAUUUAUGCAUAUUGGGUCCGGGUGAGAAAUCCCCAGGUCCAUUUCGGAAUGGGCCAACUUUUUGGACCCGUGAAGAGUAAUUCACUACUGUAUUGUCACAUCACAUACCAGUUAUGUAUAUUGGUGUAAUACCUCAAGGCUUGCUAACAAGACCAUUGGUGUGGAUGUAAACUUUUAAGGCUUUGGAAAUAAAUAAAAUAUAUGAAUAAGGCCAAUAUCGAUGCUUCAGAAAAAUGUCACAAGUGAGAAUAAACCCCUAGACCAUAAACUGCUGACUCUUUCUUUCUCUCAUACCUCUCUCCUGUUCUCUCCCUCCCUGUGUGCCUUUACAGGUCUGCUGGAGGAUGAGCGUCUGGCCAGUGCCCAUCAGGCAGAAGCCUUCGCACGACAGGUCCACAACCUGCAAGGUACUGUCUGCAGCAGAUGUAUAUAGUGCUGAAUCUGGUGCCAAUAAUAAAGCACCAGAGAGCAUCAGUAUAUAUCACGAGGCCCUCCAGCAUCGGUAUUUAGAACGUUUGGGAUGUACACAUCACGACUCACACGUCACAGCAGCCACAGAGCUGAAACAAUUACAUGUAAGGCUGUUUGACACAAAGAUUGCUAAUGGGGAAAAUGUUUUGAUUGGUAAUGAAUAGACAAUUCAUCAAUGUCCAAUAACCAUAUGGAAUUCCAUUGUCCCACCUAACCUCUAAUGAAAAGUUUACAUUUGAGGUGCCACAGAGACAGUGUGUGUCCCAAAUUGCACCCUAUUAUUUAUAUAGCGCACUACUUUUGAUCAGGGCCCAUAGGGGAUGCCCCCACAGAAAGGCUACAUAGACAGAAAGGCUGUGUUGCAUAAGUGUGAGGUGAUGUAAUUGACUGUAAAGUGUUAAAUGUGUGUGUCGUCAUUUAUCUUACGGGGAUUUGAGUCAAUUGUCUGUUGUCAAUGUCUGGGGCUCACUGACAGCACAUUUACAACCAGUUACAUCGGCUACUCUUGCAAAUCCCAACUUACUUUUCUCCCAGGCACACCCAUAUGCUCAUGCACACUGUUAUCAGAUCUCCUCACUUAUCACUACCUAACUCCUUUUGGCCUAGAACUAGCACACCUGAUUCAAUAGUCAAUGGCUUGAUGAUUAUUUGACAAGUUGAAUCAGGUGAGCUAGCUCUGGAAUAGAUCAAAUGGAACAGCUAAUGGUCCCCAAGGAGAGGUUUGAGGAACACUGCUGUACGUAUAACCAUUUAAACUCUUGUCCCUGUAUGUCUCCCUCCCCAGCCCAGCUGCGUUCAGUACAGGAGGAGAUGGACUCUCUAGAGGAGGAGAAGGAGAGUGAGCUGACUGAGGCUCACGAGGAGCUACGCCUCGCCCAGGAGGAGGUGCUGCUUUACCUUAUGCUAUUUUACUUUACUUAAGCUACUUUACUUUAGGCUAUUCAACUUUACUUUAGGCUAUUCUACUUUACUUUAGGCUAUUCUACUUUACUUUAGGCUAUUCAACUUGACUUUUGGCUAUUCAACUUUACUUGAGGCUAUUCUACUUUACUUUAGGCUAUUCAACUUUACUUUAUGCUAUUCUACUUUACUUUAGGCUAUUCUAUUUUACUUUAGGCUAUUCUACUUUACUUUAGGCUAUUCUACUUUACUUUAGGAUAUUCUACUUUACUUUAGGCUAUUCUACUUUACUUUAGGCUAUUCAACUUUACUUUUGGCUAUUCUACUUUACUUUAGGCUAUUCUACUUUACUUUAGGCUAUUUUACUUUAAUUUAAGCUAUUUUACUUUAAGUUACUUUACUUUACUUAAGCUACUUUACUUUAGGCUAUUCAACUUUACUUUAGGCUAUUUUACUUUACUUGAGGAUACUUUAUUUUAAGCUAUUUUACUUUAAGUUACUUUACUUUACUUUACACUACUUUACUUUAGGGGUAUUCUACUUUAGGUUAUUCUACUUUUUGUUAGGCUAUUUUACUUUACUUUAGGCUAUUCAACUUUACUUUACUAGUUCCAGAAGUAUGGUAUGUGUUCUCUGCAAGUGAUGGUGAGUUUGUGACUGUUCUGUUCCUUGUGUUACAGGUGGUGCUGCUGAGCUUGAUUGAUUUAUUGAUUGAUUAUUUGCAGGUUCUGCUUCUGCAGCAGGCGGCUGAGGAGGCAGCGGCCGAGAGGGAGAACGACAUUGCGUCCCUGCAGGAGGAGCUGUGUCGCCUCCGGGCCCAGCUGGGGAGGCUCAACGGUGAAGCGCAGGAAUACGAGCUGGAGAUCACCACUCUGAGAGCAGAGAUCAGCAUGAAGAGUCAAAGAAGGGAGGAAGAGAGGAAAGGAGGUGAGAGAGAGGGGAGGAGGUGAGGAGAGGAGUGGGAGGAGAGGAGAAGCAAUAUGAGCUGGAGAUCACCACGCUGCGAGUCGAGAUCUGGGAUGGUCUUCACAGUAAAUUUGCUGAUCUUAUUAUGCCUGACCCCUGACCUUGUCCACCGGCCAGGUCAAAGCAGCAUCAGCCAAGGGCUUUUCUAGACCCUUCCUCCCUUCCCUGAGUCACACCCUAACCCUCACCACCAGAGCAGAGCAGUGAUGUCAUGUAUUGGGAGUGUGUCCCUGACAUGUCAUGGUGCCUCCCCCCUACCUCCCCCAUGCCUUGCCCUGACUAACUCAGAGGGUGACAUCACUGUCACCCUUGGUAUCCCAAACACACACCCCUAUCACCCCACCACCACCCCUGCAGUUCCCUGGGUGAGAGUGAGCGGUGCAGUGUAAAACACGUUUGUAAUGUUUCAGCCUUUCCCCGACCCCUUUUAUUAAACCCAAACACUGAUUUAUGUCUUUGACUGUGAGAUUCUAACCAUGAUGCAGCUAGCAAUAACACAGACAGUACCUCAUGCACAGGUUUCAUCAUGUUAUCAGUAUAGAUGCCUAGACAGAGCACUCUAGGAGUGGGAGAGUCAGUAGGGUUUGGGUCACAGUUUUAUGGGUGUCAAAUUCCAGUCUGACGUUAGGUUUACAGACAGUAGGUCUUUCUCUUUCUGUGUCUGUCAUUGAUGUCUAUUUACAGUGGGCAGAGUACAGACAUGUACAAUAGGCUUAAUGGUUUUGAUGGGUAGGGCACAAAAGUAAAGACUCAGAGUUGAUACUUUAGUUAAACCUGCCAUGUGCAUAGUGAGGAGUGGUACAUCUAUCACACCCCCACGUUUACCUGUGGUCACACAAACAGAACUUGUGGAGGAUGUGUUGCUGUGUAGCUCUUGGGUUGUGUUCAUUAGGGGACACAGUAGGAAAAUGUUUCAAAAUGAGCAACGGAAAACAAGUGUUUCUUAUUGGACAAGUUCAGAGAGUACCUCCCUAGAUCACUCCGUUUCAGACCGUUUUCUUACGUUUCGUGCCGACUGAACAGGACCCUGAUGUGUGACGAUCCUGUUGUGUUCUGUCAGGUGACGUAGGUACAUUGAGGCAGGAGUGUGUCACGUUGAGGGAGGAGUGUGAGACUCUGAAGGACGACAACAGACGCCUGACUGAGAGACUACAGCUCCUCCAGCUACAGAGGACAGGGUGAGAAGACACAAUUAUUUGGCUACUUAGUCUGCUUACAUAAUCUGCUAACCAUUUCAACUGAACAAAAAUAUAAACGCAACAUGCAACAAUUUUUUACUGAGUUACAGUUCAUAUAAGGCAAUCAGUCAAUUGAAAUAAAUAAAUUAGUCCCUAAUCUAUGGAUUUCACAUGACUGGGAAUACAGAUAUUCAUCUGUUGGUCACAGAUACCUUAAAGAAAAGGUAGGGGCGUCGAUCAGAAAAACAGUCAGUAUCUGGUGUGACCACCAUUUGCCUCAUGCAGGGAAACCCAUCCUUCGCAUAGAGUUGAUCAGGCUUCCAGGAAUUGUGUACAGAUCCUUGCGACAUGGGGCUGUGCAUUAUCAUGCUGAAACAUGAGGUGAUGGCGGCGGAUGAAUGGCACGACAAUGGGCCUCAGGAUCUCGUCAUCGUAUCUCUGUGCAUUCAAAUUGCCAUCGAUAAAAUGCAAUUGUGUUCUUUGUCCGUAGCUUAUGCCUGCCCAUACCAUAACCCCACCGCCCCCAUGGGGCACUCUGUUCACAACGUUGACAUCAGCAAACUGCUCGCCCACACAACACCAUACACGCUGUCUGCCAUCUGCCCGGUACAGUUGAAACCUGGAUUAAUCCGUGAAGAGCACAUUAUCUUGGCAAAUGAGAAAUGCUCACUAACAGGGACGUAAACAAAUGUGUGCGUAAUGAAAAUGUCUCGGAUCUUUUAUUUCAGCUCAUGAAACAUGGGACCAACACAUUACAUAUUGCGUUUAUAUUUUUGUUCAGUGUAGUAAAAAGCAUACGAUUUCAUUGUCGACCAUAUCAAUUCUUCUUCUUCUUCUUCUUUUCACCUAAUCCACUUUGUGAUUUUCCUCUCUCCUCUUGCUCCACACCAGCUCCAACAGCGUAUACCUGUCCCUGAAGGAGGGUGAGAUAGCUGGUACGGGAGUGGGGGUGGGCACAGAGGAGGGGGGCAUGGCAGAGAGCUAUAUGACCAUGGCUGAGUGCCAGUCUACGAGCCCGGGCACCAACUGCCGCCUGGUGGACGCCUCCAUCCAGAAGAACAUCUCGUUCGAUGGGAAACCCAUGACCCCCACCGGCUGGAAUGGAGGAUUUGGGGAGAUCUUCUCACUGAGGGACCAGCUGAAACAGGCUGAGGAGAAGGCCUUGCUGGUAGAGAGACAGGUAUGUUAUGGUAAUGGAACGGUACGGUACAGUACAGUCUGAUAGAUGGAUCUGGAAAGGAAGAUUCAGGGAGAUCUUCUUUCUGAGGGACCAGGUGAUAAAAGGCAGGGGAAGACCUCGCUGGUACAGAGACAGGUAUGUUAGUCACCAGACUGUGCCAUAGUCACUGUAGUAGUGGAUGCCCACUGACUAUUAGAGCAGUUUUAAUCAGACAGAUUCAGAAGAAAACGAUAAAGCCACGCUUAGCACAGUAGCAAAGAAAAACAACAGAGCAGCAGCUGCACAACCACUGACUACCCUGACUACCCUGUAAGUAGCUAAUGUUCUUUAUUAGGUGCUGCAGCAAUGGACAACGACAAAAUGUACAGACCUGGCCUGUAAUAUGUCAGGAUGAACCUCUGUUCUGAAGUGUUCAACAAGUGUUCUUUCUAGGGAGUGUUUACUUGCCACUGUGCUUCUGCUUGCUAUUUGAGGUCUAAGCCGGGUUACUGUAAAGAUCUUUGUGACAGCUGUGGAUGUAAAAAGGGCUUUGUUAAUAAAUGUGAUUGAUUGAUCCUUUAUGUUCUACUCUGUCUCCCUCAGUGUGAUGGGUUGAAGAUGGAGCUGCGGGAGCUGCAGGUACUGUAUGACUGCAGCCAGAGGGAGAGGGCGGAGCUGGAGGAGGAGCUACUGCACUGCAAGGCAGAGCUUGAGAGGUUGGCUGGAGGGGGGCAGGUGAGAGGUCACACUGGGGUUAGAGGUCAGGGGUCACGAUAAUGAUAGGAGUUAAUAAUGGUAUAUUGCAUAUCUAUCAGAAGGCUUUUUGGGGCGUAUGGGAUCUAUUCUAACUAUUUCUGACUGUUUUCUGACUUCAACGUUUCUCUGCUUGAGAUUUUUGACUGUUGUGUUUUAAACUUUCAAGUUUACGCAAAUGAAAACAAGAAAUACAGCACACACAUCACACCUAUUCUGUGUCUGUUUAUUCCACGUGUUAUGUGUGUAGAUACUGUUGAAAUAUUUUUAUUUGAACCUUUAUUUAAGCAGGGAAAUCCCAUUGAGACCAAGGCCUCUUUUACAAUCAAUACAAAUGUACAACAUUUACAAAUACAACAUACAAAAUACAAAUUACUCCAUCAUCAACUUACAAAACACAAUCAUGCAAAACAAACACAUUCUUCAGUAAAAAGGUAAACAAUUAGCUGUCUGAAUUGCCCUAGCGGCACCAAAGCAUUACAUUUUAAAGAGUUCUGGAGAUUAUUCCACAAGUAAGGUGGACAUUUUUUAAAAGGAGAUUUACCUAAUUUAGUGGAGAUUGAAGGGAUUUCCAGAGUUAACCAUCCCUGAGACCGGGUCUGAUAGCUCGUACGUCUGUAGGUUAAGGGAGUAUUUUGCUUUUUUACAACCAAAUCUACAUUUUUUAUGUAAAUGUAAUGUUAUAGAAGGGUCCAGACACUUGUUUUGUGAUUUCACUUGUUUUUGAGAAACUUAUCCCCAACCAACAAUUAAUUUUCUCAUCCUUGUUGUGCAGUAUGGUGGUUCUAACAAAACAUGAACAAAGGCUCCAAAAACACCAAAAUAAGUCCUUUUAGAAACGGAAAAGCUCUCAGUAUAGUGAUGAAGGUCUUUACAUGAAAUCCACAACGUUAUAUUCCAAUUUGUUGCAACUCGAGCGAUACCUCACUGUCCGUUCUACAGGUAACUGCCAAAAUAAAGGAAACACUAGAGUAAACUAUGAAUACAAAGUACAUUGAAAGUAGGUGCUUCCACACAGGAAGAUCCAGACACUUGUAGAAUCUAUGCCAAGGCGCAUUGAAGCUGUUCUGGCAACUCGUGGUGGCCCAACGUCCGUUUAAGACACGUUAUGUUUACUUUAUUUUGACAGUUACCUGCAGCAGCAGGCUAAUAGGAGAAUGGAACAGCUGGAUAGGGGAAACGGCUCGAGUUGCACAAAAUGUAAUAAACCGUUGUGGAUAAAGACAAUUGAAUGUGUACAAAAAGACCUGCAUCACGAUACUUAGAGCGUUUCUGUUUCUAAAAGGACGUAUUUGGGUGUUUUUUUGAGCAUUUGUUCAUGUUUUUUCCUCAUCCCACAACGAGGAUGAGGAAAUUAAUGGCUAGUUGUGGUAAGUUUCUCAAAAACAGGUGAAAUUGCAAAAAAAGUGUCUUGACCCUUCUAGAACAUGCCAUUUAUAUGGAAAUAUAGAUUUGUUUGUAAAAAAGCACACUUUUCCUUUAACAAUGAAAUAAGGUACAGCAGAAGUUAGUGCAAGGGCUUUAUAAACAAAGAUGGUGCAAUGCGUCGAUCUAUGAGACUUCAGAGAGGGCCAGCCUACUUUUUGAUACAGAAAGCAGUGAGGUGUAUUGAAACUCUCGCCCAUUACAAAGCGCAGUGUGCAAUGAUAAACUGCCUCCAAUGGCUUCAAAUCAGUGGCAGCCGCAUUCAUCACCAUAAUCUAUAACCGGUAUGAAUGUCGACUGAAUGAUUUGUUUUCUGCUAUUUAACGAAAGGCAUGCCCUAUUCCUAUAAAGGAAGCCCAUUUUAAUUCUUAACUUGUUAACUAACUCGUCAAUAUGGUUUUUAAAGAUUGCUUUUCGUCAAUCCAGAUAACCAGAUAUUUAUAAGCAGGGACACGAUCAAUGUGGGCACCAUUCAAUAAAACAUCAGAUAGAUUUUUAAGCUUUCUGGAAAAUAACAUGUACUUAGUUUUACCUGCAUUAAGUACCAAUUUCAGUUCCACAAAGGCUUUCUGCAAAGCAGAAAAUGAAGACUGUAGUUCUGAAAGAGCCUUGUCAAAAUAAGGGGCAACAGAGAAUACACAACAGUAUCAUCCAAUAUUGUUUAUAUAGAUAGUAAAAAGUACAGGGCCCAAAAUCGACCCUUGUGGGAGACCUUUAGUAAUAUCAAGGAAACCUGACUUAACACCAUCAGAAGAAACACAUAGUGUGCUUUCUGUCAGGUAGUUUUCAAACCAAUUGCACGCUGCCUGACUCAGACCAAUUUCAGACUGUCUACAAAUGAAUAAUGAAUGAUCAACAGUGUCGAACGCCUUCGACAGGUUUAUGAAAAGGCCAGCACAAUGCUGCCUUUUGUCCAUACCAUUUACAAUGUCAUUUAACACCAAAGAAGCAGCGUAUAUAGCGCUUUGACCUGGCCUGAAACCAGAUUGAUGGAAAUGUAGAAUACAUUUUGAAGCUAGAAAAUAUAUAACCUGAGUGUUGAUUAAAGAUUCAGAAAAUGUUGCUAGGCAAGACAGUUGCGAUUCAGUCGGGCGAUAGUUAUUCAUGUCGGAGGGAUCACUAACUUUGUGGAGAGGGAGCACAUGGGCAGCCUUCCAAACCGUAGGGAUGAUUGCGCAAUCAGGGGAACAGAAAGCUGCAGCAAGAAAGGAUCAAGCAAAUCAUCCCCAAAUGAUUUUUUAAAAUAUAAAUCUUAAGCAAGGCAUCUAGCACAUCAUAAGUAGUAAGUUGUUGAAAUGACAACAGGGAUUCACUAGAAGAUUAUGGAUCUUCCAUUGAGCCAGCUAGAGGCUGGGAGAGGGAAGAGCAGUCAACUGACUGACUGUCAGUUAAACCACCAGUUCUUUCAAAUAAAAAACCUGCUGAGAUAACAUGCGGAUGAAAGGUACUUACUAAAUGUUUCUCAGUAAUGAUCCAGAAUCUGACACAACUUGCUUAGGCAGUCAGUGCAUUAACUGUUUUCCAAAAUGUAGACAGAUUACCAGAGUCUGAGCUAGAACUCAGAAAGUAGCUUGAUUUCGCUUUCUUAAAAGUGGUUAUUUCGCAGUUGCCUGAAAAUCUACCAACCAGCUACUGAGUCAGUUUUUUCUAGCCUUAACCCAGGCCAGGCAGGCCUGAUUUUUCAUCGUAAAGAGAUCUGAAAGUUCUAUAGAGAACCAAGGAUUUGUUCUAUUUUUUUACUCUAAGGCGUUUGAAGAUGAGAAAAAUUCUAAAGCCAAUUCUGGGUUAGGCAAUUCUGGUUUUUUUUUUAAAAAAGUUUAUCUUCAUAAUUAUACGAGGAUCAGUGGUUUUCUGUUUGGUAUCUCUAAUACAUGCAAUAGGACAGUGAUCACUGAGAUAAUUUGCAAAGACACCAAUGGACAAGUACUUAUGUGGGCUUGUUUUCAGAAUUAGGUCAAUCGGAGAGGAUUUUGCUUCUUUGUUUUUUUACAUUAAUCCAUGUGGGUUCUGAAAUCAGUUGAGUCAAGUCAAGACAAAUAUUAUUUAAAUGAUCUGAGGCCAGGGUAAGCCCAUAUAUGUUAAAAUCCCAUAAAACUACCAAUUCAGAUGACAGAAAAGGGCUUAAAUCCUUGAAAUAGAGCUACAUAUAUACAGUGUCUUCAGAAAGUAUUCAUACCCCUUGACUUAUUCCACAUUUUGUUGUGUUACAGCCUGAAUUAAAAAAAAAAAUCGUACACGUAGUGAAAACAUAUUUUUUGAAACUUUAGCAAAUGUAUUUCAAAUGAAAUACAGAAAUAUCUCAUUUACAUAAGUAUUCACACCCCUGAGUCAAUACUUUGUAGAAGCACUUUUUGGCAGAAAUUAAAGCUGUGAGUCUUUCUGGGUAAAUCUCUAAGAGAUUUCAAGCUCUAUCAAAUUGUUUGUUGAUCAUUGCUAGACAACCAUUUUCAGGUCUUGCCAUAGAUUUCCAAGUAGAUUUAAGUCAAAACUGUAACUCGGCCACUCAGGAACGUUCACUGUCUUCUUGGUAAGCAACUCCAGUGUAGAUUUGGCCCUUGUGUUUUAGGUCCUGCUGAAAUGUGUCACCAGUGUCUGGUGGAAAGCAGACUGAACCAGAUUUUCCUCUAGGAUUUUGCCUAUGCUUAGCUCCAUUCCUUUUCCUUUUAAUCCUGAAUAACUACCCAGUCCUUAACGAUUGCAAGCAUACCCAUAACAUGAUGCAGCCACCACUAUGCUUGAAAAUAUGGAGAGUGGUACUCAGCAAUGUGUUGGAUUGGAUUUGCCCCAAACAUAACACUUUGUAUUUAGGACAAAAAGUGAAUUGCUUUGCCACAUUUUUUUGCAAUAUUACUUUAGUGCCUUGUGGCAAACAGGAUGCAUGUUUUGGAAUAUUUUUAUUCUGUCCAGGCUUCCUUCAUUUCACUCUGUCAAUUAGGUUAGUAUUGUGGAGUAACUACAAUGUUGUUGAUCCAUCCUCAGUUUUCUCCUAUAUCGGCCAUUAAACUCUGUAACUGUUUUAAAGUCACCGUUGGCCUCAUGGUGAAAUCCCUGAGGGGUUUCCUUCCUCUCCGGCAACUGAGUUAAGAAGGACACCUGUAUCUUUGUAGUGACUGGGUGUAUUUAUACACCUUUGAAAGUGUAAUUAAUAACUUCACCAUGCUCAAAGGGAUAUUCAUUGUCUGCUUUUUGAAUUUUUAACCAUCUACCAAUAGGUGCCCUUCUUUGUGAUGCAUUGGAAAAUCUCCCUGGUCGUUGUGUUUGAAAUUCACUGCUCAACUGAGGGACCUUACAGAUAAUUGUAUGUGUGGGGUACAGAGAUGAGGAAGUUAUUCCAAAAUCAUGCUAAACACUAUUAUUGCACAAAGAGUGAGUCCAUGCAACUUAUUAUGUGACUUGUCAAGCCAAUUCUUACUCCUGAACUUAUUUAGGCUUAACAUAACAAAGGGGUUGAAUACUUAUUGACUCAAAACAUUUCAGCUCUUCAUUUUUAAUCAAUUUGUAAAAAUGUUUAAAAACAAAAUUCCAUUUUGACAUUAUGGGGUAUUGUGUGGGCCGUUGACAAAAAAAGUAUACAUUUAAUCAAAUUUUAAAUCAGGAUGUAGCACAACAAAAUGUGGAAGAAGUCAAGGGGUGUGAAUACUAUCUGAAGGGACUUUAUAUUGAUAAAUGUGUUUAUAUACAUAAUUUACUGUAUAUUAUUAUAUGCUUUGAUAAAAGCUGACAAUGACUGUCAGAUCAUAUCAAAGAACAUGCUUGAGGGCUAUGAUCUCUGUCUGUAUGUGGCACUGCAAAUUGCCCUCCACUUUGUCUGUGUCAUGCCCUCCCUAUGGCAGCACUGUCCCUUGUGUCAAACUGUCUGCCUGUCCCUACUCAGUCUCAGUCUAAAAAUACUGUGCUUUGUGUUAUAUGUCCACAUGCUUUAUGUGUUUAAUGUACACAUGGGAAAUUAAUGAGGAAAGAGUUAGGAGAUUUUCACCAUGUGUUUCAAGAUCUUGUUUUGUGUCACUAUUUUCCAUUUUUGAUUUUUGUUUGUUUUGUCACAAUAGACAAUUUCAGUCACAUAUGCACAUAAAUACUCACACACACUGUACUAACAUAUUUCAUACUUUUUUUCUUAAAAUCUUUGUAAGAAUCUGGUGGCUUACUUUGGCAUAAUAAAUUCUUAUGCACUGUCGAUCAGUCGAAUCGACGGGAUCUAUCUAUCUACCUUUCCAUCCCUACCCUAUUUGUAUCAGUCCACACCAUAACUCCCCUACCCCUUCAUAGCAAGGCCAUUCAUGUUUCAUUUUGGAUUUAUUUGGGUGAUUUGUGGUGUCCAUAUGUAAACGUUUUUGCCCUCCACUCAUUUAUUAUUUUGUUCUCUCCAUUCCCCCCUCCAUCUUCAUCCACCCCUCCCUCCUUUUCUUUUCCUCAUCCAGUGCAACAUCCAUUCGUCUGAGUCCCCUGUUCUCUCCAUCCCCUUCAUAGGAAUGAUUGUAAUAUUGGGAGUGGUUUGGUGCUGGUUGUCCGAGCUGGCGUCCCAGAAAGCAAGGUAG